CCUGUUUUAAUGCAGAAUGUGUUUUUCAAAAACUAUUCCCUUCAUGGUCAAAUCAAAUAUUGGAUAAAAUCAUAUGAAUAUUCUACCAAAUCAAAGGAAAAACAAUUUAGAGAAAGCAAGUCUUUUAUCAAAAAUCUCUUUAGGGGUAAAAUUGUAACAGAUCAAAUAUAUCCUUACCCUCAAAUUUUGAAUGAAGAUCAAAAAGAUACAUUGAAGAUGUUAAUUGAUCCAACAACAAAAUUUUUAACUGAAGUAAAUAAUCCGGCCCUAAAUGACGAGAAGUGCGAAAUAUCUGAAAAAGUGAUGCAUGGUUUAAAAGAUAUGGGAGCCUUCGGAUUGCAGAUACCUACUAAAUAUGGUGGACUGGGCUUGAAUAAUACUCAAUAUGCUCGAAUGGUGGAAUGUGUGGGCAGAGGCAUGGAUAUGGGUCUCGGAAUCACCCUGGGAGCUCAUCAAUCUAUUGGCCUAAAAGGUAUAAUUAUGUAUGGGACCGAAGAACAAAAAGCCAAAUACUUGCCCAAGCUGGCAACGGGCGAACAUGUGGCAGCAUUUUGUUUGACCGAACCAUCGGCGGGCUCCGAUGCCGCUGCCAUUAAAACUACCGCCACUCUUGUUGAUACAGAAUAUGGAAAAGCUUACAAGCUAAACGGAACUAAAUUAUGGAUAAGUAACGCCGGUUUUGCAGAGAUAUUCACCGUUUUUGCCAGGCUCAAAGAUCCUAGUAAUGCUGCUAAUGUCAAAAAGGGCGCCGAAUCUAAAAAUGAUUAUGAUGACAUUCGCGCUUUUAUAGUCGAAAGAAAGUUUGGCGGUGUAACCAGCGGGCCACCGGAAAAAAAGAUGGGAAUCAGAGGUUCGAACACGGCUGAAUUGGUAUUCAACGAUACGCUGGUACCAGAGGCCAACUUGCUGGGCCAGACCACAGGUGCUCAAAACCCUAUAAAUGGCUUCAAAAUAGCCGUUUCCAUCUUGAACGGAGGAAGGUUUGGCAUGGCAGGCGCUUUGGCGGGCUUGAUGCGUUGUUGUGUUGAAAAGUCGGCCGCCUUUGCCGAUGCUAGGCACCAAUUUGAUUCCCGUCCUAUUCGAAAUUACGGGGCAGUGCAGGAAAAACUUUCUAAGAUGGCCGCUAGGCAGUAUAUUUGCGAAAGUAUAGCUUUCCAUUUGGCGGGAAUAAUGGACUUAGAAGCUAAAGGCAAAGAUGGUGAAGCUGAAGGAGAUUAUCAGCUGGAAGCGGCCGUUUGUAAAGUCAUGGCUUCGGAAUUCGCUUGGUUUGUCAUAGACGAGGCUAUUCAAAUCCACGGGGGCAUGGGAUUUAUGACAGAUACCGGAUUGGAGAGAGUUAUGAGAGAUUUGAGGGUUUUCAGGAUCUUCGAGGGAACAAGCGAAAUUCUCAAAAUCUUUAUAGCUCUGGGUGGAUGUCAAUAUAUUGGAGUUUAUUUGAAGAAUUUGCAAAGAGCUUUGAAAAAUCCUAUCUCCAAUUUCGAACUGCUCAAAAAUGAUUUCUUCGAUCAAAUUAAAAGGACACCUAUUUCGAUGUUUCCUCCCUUAUCGAACACCACUACUUUACCUCCUCCCUUGAAUCUCAUCCUCAAACGUUGCGAAUCCACUCUCGCUUGCUUGGCUCACUAUUUUUCGGCAACGGUCCGAGCUUACGUUUUGAAAAACGGUAUAGCCAUUAAAAACGAACCAUUCACCUUUGACGAGUUCGGUCUCACACGAUUAGCUGAAAGCGCUUCGUUGAUAUUCGCCACCAGUGUAGGUCUAUCUCGUAUUUUAACCGCCUUGAAUACUACUUCUAAUAAGUGGUCAGAUGAAAACUGGCUAACUGGCUUACAGCAUCAGGCCAGUCUCGUCAGUCUGUUUUGUGCCGAGGCAGACGAAAAAGUAAGGAUGGAUUUAGCUGCGGUGAUAGAACAUAGCAUCAAAAAAUCUCCCGAUAAAGAAGGAAGGUUUCAUGAUAUGAAAAAAGUUUCCGAUGAAAUUGUUAAGCAUGGAACUAUUAUGGGCAAUCAUCCAUUGGGAUUUUAAAAAUUUUAAGAAUUUUCCUAUUCACUUUAGCUCAAAAUAAGAUUCUUAUACUAAAUUAUAUCUGCAAAAUAAAGCUAAGUCAAAUUUAAUUUAUUAAAUAUAAUCUAUUAUCUGACUCAAAUACAUUAAAUUUGAGUUUAUUAGAUAAGGUUCUCUCAAUCAAACUUUCAUCAAGCUUUGAUAUUUUGAAUAUAUAAUAGUAAUUUACACUAUUAUAUCGAUAUUAUUUAUAUGUUUUUUUAUAAAAUUGCUAAAUUAUUUAAUUCAAAUCUAAUAUAAAAAUUUUAAUGUAUUCACAAUUGGUUUUUUCAAGGGCG